AUGCCCAGACAUUACACCGAUAAUGUCGAUGACGAGGCGGGCGAGGAUGAGGGACUGGUGUGAGUGUAUGCGCUUUGUGAAUGUGCAACGGGGCAGGGCAAAGGGGUUCAGCGGCAAGAGAAGACGGCAAAGGGAGCAUGACUGACGGCCAUCCAAAUUGUUGCGCUGGCGCUUGCGUGCGCUCAUGUCGCUCGCCUUGUCCGCCCGCCUCCUCUCCUGCUCUCGCGCCAGGCUGCAUCGCAUGGCGACGGAUCCACAAGGACGUUCAGUGGUGCACACCAUCCCAUCCGGAGAGGAAGGCGCAGAGCCGUACGCUGAUACGCCUACGCGCUUCGCGCGACCACAUGGAGGUCGAGCGACGGAUGCUCUGCUGGACGAGUUGAAUGCAGAGGAAGAGAAUAUCGCCUUGCCCAGGAGGGAUGCGCCUGAGCUGGACAAGACUGGUCGACCAGCUUGGCUUCUCGACACGCUCUCCGCAGCGCGUCACAACUCCCGCUUCCGAUUAGCCAUCGCCCUCGUCCUGGCCGGCUUGCUCGUCUUCACCUUUAGCUUUGCCUUUUCACCCGUCGGCGAUGCUGCUGGCAAAGUGUACGGGUGGGGUGCGGAUAGGUGGAGGGGCAAGCACAGACCCUGGGAUUGGAAUCCUGAUCACAACGACUUUCCAGGCGUCACCAAGCCUGGCGUCCCUGCCAAUCUGGCCAAUGAUCACCCUGACGGAACACCGACAAGAGGUGCACUGCCUAUCCAGACUUCCAUCCCAGGCAGCGACAAGUCUUUUCAAGCUUUGUGAGUGGGCUUGUAUGCGCUUGCUGGACGCAAAAAGACCGGCUCCGCAACGCUCUGGCGCCCGCGGCUAACGUGGUGCGGCACUCUGCAUCUCCUUGUUUGCGUAGCGAGCACAUGGGUCCUCUCUCACCCUACUUUGCCAGUCCAGGGUUUGGUGUGGACAACAUCAAGCACAGGACGCUGUCCGAUGGCUGCAAGGUCGAAGCUGUGCACAUGCUGCAUCGAGUGAGUCGCUGCUGCGCACGCGUCCGUCGACACUCUCUCACACUCGGACUGACUCGUCCGUGCGAUUGCACCCGCACCUUUAGCAUGGCUCUCGCUACCCCACGUCCGGCUCCCCUACCGAGCUCAUUCCUCGCUUGCUCGCGACCUCGGGCAUUUCAUUCAGUGGGCCUCUUUCCUUCCUCAACACGUACAAAUACAAGUUGGGCGCCGAGCUGCUGGUUCCGCUUGGACGAGCGCAGCUCUACGAGUCGGGCGUCAAGGCAGCCAUAGAGUACGGCUCCUUGCUCUCAUCUGACGCCAGCUCCGGCAAGCAGUUGGCUCGCGCUGGCAGUCAACAUCGGAUCGUAGAAAGCGGCGUCAACUGGUUGGCUGGGGCUUGGGGUGCUGGUUGGAGGGACAAGGCAAAUUUGGAGAUCCAAAUCGAAGCGCCUCGAUUCAACACGACGCUCGCUCCAAAUUUUGCUUGCGAAAAUGCCAGUAGAAAGGUGAGCGAGGCGCUCUUGCUUCUUGUGCGAGUUUCCCAAUGCUGAAGACCUGCUUGCGACCAGCCUACUGCCGCGGAACCUGGCGCUGCGGUCGCCGUAGCGUGGGAGGACAAGUAUUUAGAGGAUGCUCUUCGCAGGCUCUCCCCAUACGUCAAAGGGGGUGCUCUGGUGCGUAUGCUCGCGUCCUGUCACGUUCCCCCCUAGCGCCUUCUCAUCAGCUCUCUUGCAUCUUUACCUCUGGCCACGCACUUGCCAGACGACGCGCCUGCUCUUCGCGUUCCAACAAGCAUGUUCGUACGACACUGUUGCUUUUGGUUACUCGCGUUUCUGCGCGCUCUUUACCACGCAAGAGUGGCUAGACUACGAGUAUGCCUGGGACUUGGUCUUUUACGGAUCGUACGGACCUGGCUCGCCAGUCGGUAGAGCGCAAGGUGUGGGUUGGGUGAACGAGUUGGUGUCUCGACUAGAAGGCAGACCUUGGGAUGCCUCUACGCAGACGAGCGAGAACAGCACGCUCAACACCGACCCUUUGCUUUUCCCGCUCCACAAGAAGUUUUACGUCGAUUUUACCCACGAUUCCGUCAUUGCCAAUGUGCUCGCUGCGCUAGAGCUGCCAGACUUUGCGCAGGACUUGCCAAAGGACAAGAGGGAGCCGGGUCGAAAGUACAAGUCUUCGACGCUCGUGCCUUUUGCGGCUAGGCUCGUCUUUGAGGAUGUCUCUUGCAAAGGGACCAAGACGACUGGCAACGGAAGCAGCAGCAGCAGCAGCAGCAGCAGCGGCGGCAGCGGCAGCAGAUGGAUCAGGAUGCUGCUCAAUGACGCCGUCGUGCCGCUUGGACAACUGCGGGAGUGCGAGAAGAGAGAGGAUGGACUUUGCUCCUUUGAUGCGUUUCUCAGCAGCCAGAGGGACCGCAAUGUGCGCGCUGGCUGGGGCAAUUGCACGCGCGGCGAUCUCUAA